AUGUUCUUCACUACGGAGCUCUUGGAGAAACGAGAUGGGGGAUUUGGUCUUCUGUGGCUUGCAGCGACGUUGGGAUCUAAGUCUACUCUGAAGAAGCUCCCCCGACGCGAUGUAUUGACUGCGGACAUCAGCCAACUGUGCGAUCUAAUCAUGCAACCAGCGGAGCCACUAGCUCUCAGAUUGACGAGUAAUUUGAUGGUGGGCGUUGCUCGGUCAGACUCAGAUCAUUAUCCACCUUCCAUUUCCCAUGACAAACCCUGUUCAGUCAAACAAGAUAUGUUCAUGACCGAUGUGACCACUUGCUUCAACUCGCUCAAGAAGAUCGUUCACGAAUUACAUACUGCAACUGACAUGCAGCUUCAGAUGGCGCAACCGACGCUCAAAUCAUCGCUACUAACCCUAGACGCAGUCAAAGAGCUGGCCGGAUUCGACUUUUUUGUCGCGGAUUGGGAUGACUACCUCAAUCUCCGUAAUGAAGACGACGCGCCCGAAGAAGACGAAGAUUUCAACCCCAGCGGGAAGAAACUGAAACUAAAGAGCAAGCCCCCUGCCUCAACCGAGUAUCCUCGAACGGACAAGCACACGUUACAAGAGCACCAUGAAGACUUCCUCUCGAAGUCGCUGGACCUUUCCUUUAACGGAAGUUUUGUUGGUGGUCACAUCCCCUCGUCUUCACAGAUUGGUGGUCCCUUCAAUAUCCCCACUGACGACUUUUUCCAAUCUGAUGGCCUCGACAUCGGUGCUGUGGGUGACGAGUUGGCUAGAGAGUUGGGGGAAGGCUGGGGGGCAUCGCCUGCGAAGGAUGGCUUUGGUAUGCGUCUUGACCUCCAAAAUGACAUCCCCUUCUUUGAGACUGGCGGUGACUUUGACUUGGGCUUCGGUGACGACCCCUUUCUCGACGGCACGGCAGCACUACAACCACUCGAGCAAGGCCAAGCGGCAUCGAAGAAGCGAAAGGCGCUCCCAGGCUGUCAAGAUGAUAUGCCUCCUCCACCGACGCCUGGUCGCGAACCAAGCCCUUCUACUUCAUUUUCUCGCAUGUUGCUUUCGCAAGACGAACAGCAGCCUGGACCACUCUCGGAUAUCACUGCAUUGAAUCGCAAUCAAGAAAAUAUACCCAAUAAAAUGAAGAAACCUAAGAAGACUCGCCUCUUGCUUGAUGCGAGAACGGAGCUAACUGAUGAAGAGCUCAAGACUGCGCGUGCCGAAUAUUUGAGAGGCCAGUAUGCAUUGAAACAAGAACUUGAACUAAAGAAAGCCGAAAAGGAUGGCAUGAAGUUGGUUGAAGACACCCUGUGGGGAGCGCCCCAUGGAAUCCAAGCUCCUUCCUUGAUAGAUUUCUGGCAGGAGAAUUUCAAGGUUCAGGUGGAGGCAAGAACUGGAGCGCUCCACAUUCACCCUCCAGACGUACAAUCCCCCAAACGACGCAAGAUUCGACAUGCUCCCAAGGAACCCCACCACUUUGACGUGGGUAUGCCCGAUUUCCAUCAAGAUUUGGAUGCGAUGCAAUUCGACUUCGAAGCUCCUAUGGAGCCCCUGGACGCUGGUCGCCUUAGGUCUUCUGAGGAACCUGGUCAAGGCCGUAACGCAUCGCGUGCUCCUUCUGUGUUGGGAGAUAACUUUGGAUUCGAUUUCGGUGUUGGACUUGACGGGCAACGAGGGAACUCGCAGAGAAGUUCGCUAUUUCCUUGGGAUAAUGCUGGUGCUAGUUCUUCGGUCGCCGGAUUUGCGCCUUUCAACGGCUCCGACAGAGUUGCUGUAGACCACGCCGAGAUGAGGCUAAGGGGGAGCUCCCUGAGUCGAAGGGAAGAUUCGCUGAUCCCUAGUCAAGUUGGCACCUUCUCUCCAGCUAUCUUCGGAAAGAAUUCCCAGUUGAUUGGCGAAGAUUAUGCCUUUGAUGUGCCAAUGGAUGUAGACGCUGUUAACCAAUCAGGAGUGGACGAAAGCCAGAUGUCUGACAUGAAUUUAAUAAGCCUCGAGAAGAAUUCUUUCAACUUCCUUGAGUACACUCGCAUGCAAUAUCAGACCCUCCCUGCUACGACCAGGGAAUUGACCUUUGAUAGAAUCGUUCCCACCACCUCAAGCACCAGACAUGUUGCCGCGACUGCCUUUUAUCAUUGUCUUGUUCUCUCCACAAAAAAAUUGCUUCGGGUCAAACAGAAUGACCCAUACGGUACGAUCACCAUUGCCAUUGCAUGA